UAUCUUUAAAGAGAUAGAUCUAACACAGUGAAGGGUGUAUUAUUGGAGAUAUUGACAGUUCCACGCUGAUUAUAAGACAUGCCACCGUACUACUGUGUGUCUCAGUCUUACCGGUCCCAAGGCACGAUGCUCUUUCUAACUGUGUGUCUCGUGAGUCUUUCGACUUCGUCAUUGGCUGCGCCCUUCACCCGUAACACAGGCGAUGAAUUGCUGGCGGCGCUCUUGGAAAUGGGGUUAGCGCAGGACUAAGGAGGGCACUUCAUGCUGGGGCCGAGAAGGUUGCCGAUCUUGCUGCCCACAGAGUCACAUCUCUACUGUCACAUGCUCUUACAAGUAUCCUGGGGAAAACGCGACAUCGGAAAUAUGCUCCCAUUGGAACAGGACCUGAAGACAGCUAUACAAAAUGCCAUCUUUACAGAAACUAAAGGACUGAGCAACAUUCUUGGCAGAAGUGAUUUGGAGGCCGAUAAUGCCGGCAGUCUUCAACAACUUUUGGAAAGCACUAAUAAUGAAGUGAAGGGAGUUGAAACAUUUCUGACAGACCUAAAGGUAAAGAGAAGUGAAUGGGAGAUGAGCUUCUUGCGCGGCGCUGACUCCAGGGAAGUACACGGGCUGCUGCAGCCAUCGCCUCCUCUGCACCUGACUCCUCUCACAACAGCACUGAGCAACGGGCUUUCUUCGCUGACAAGCGGAGCAGUGAGUGUUAUCACUCACGUCCUAUCAUCGAUACUCUCGGCUGAAAGAAGAAGCGUUUCUUUGAGUGUAUUACAAGUAGUAACAUGCGAGACACAAAGCCUUGUAACUCAUCUGUUAUUUUCUGGAACAUUUUGCAUAAUUACAUUUACACAUUAAAAUUAAAAGUGUAUGGGGUAAAUGACUGAA